UCACCAGGGAUGGGAUGGGAUCGAUCCCGAGGCUGUGCAUCCCUCACCAGGGAUGGGAUCGAUCCCAAGGCUGUGCAUCCCUCACCAGGGAUGGGAUGGAUCCCGAGGCUGUGCAUCCCUCACUGGGGAUGGGAUCAAUCCCAGGGCUGUGCAUCCCUCCCCGGGGCUGGGAUCGAUCCCGAGGCUGUGCAUCCCUCACCAGGGAUGGGAUCGAUCCCGAGGCUGUGCAUCCCUCACCAGGGCUGGGAUGGAUCCCAAGGCUGUGCAUCCCUCCCCGGGGCUGGGAUCGAUCCCGAGGCUGUGCAUCCCUCACUGGAGAUGGGAUCGAUCCCGAGGCUGUGCAUCCCUCACCAGGGAUGGGAUGGGAUCGAUCCCGAGGCUGUGCAUCCCUCACCAGGGAUGGGAUGGGAUCGAUCCCGAGGCUGUGCAUCCCUCACCAGGGAUGGGUUGGGCUCGAUCCCAAGGCUGUGGAUCCCUCACUGGAGAUGGGAUCGAUCCCGAGGCUGUGGAUCCCUCACCAGGGCUGGGAUGGAUCCCAAGGCUGUGCAUCCCUCUCCGGGGUUGGGAGAACUGCCCAGCCGGCUUGGGGGGGGGCUCAGGGGCCUCUGCCCUCCUUGACAUCUCAGCCCCCAGGCCCGGGGCAAGGAGAGGGCAGCUGGGGCUGUGCCGGUGGAGCUCCGGGAUCGCUCCCAAAGGGCUCGUCGGAGGGAUAUUCAGAACCCAGGAUGGAGCAGGGAGCUGGGAUGGAGCAGUGGGGACACUCCAGUGCCCCCCAGGGUGAGGGCCCAGCGCUCCCCCAGUGCCUGUCCCCUCUGCCCCAUGGUAGCUCUGGAGGUCCCCGCCGUGGGGACACAGGACACGGUGCCCCAGUAGCCCCCAGGGAGCCCCGGGGGUGGGCGAGGGCCAGGCCCUGCCCCUCCCUCCCCGUGGAGGGCUCCCACAGCUCAAACACCCUCCCGAGAUCCCCCACCCGGAGGGGUCGGCGGCUGGACGGCCCCGGGGGGGGGGCUCACAGGGUCUCUGGCACGGCGGGAGCUCUCCCCGCGUGCCUCGGGAUCCUCCGCGUGUUCCCUCUGGAUUAGUGAUCCCCGCGGCCGGAGCCUUU